AUGUCUCAAUCAGGAGAAUCUACAACAGUUUUUGAUGCUGAAAGAGAACAAUUUUUAAAUUCAAAAUCCUCUUCAAGAAUUGCUUUAACUGUUGAUGAUGCUGAAGUAGAUUAUGAAAAUGAAGAAUCUUUUUACGAAAGUGAACUACGAACGGAUGUGGUUACAGUGUGUAACAUUGAUACUACCAAGAGUUCAAGUUCUGUAACAUUUGGUAUGAUGUUCGGUGCAAUAUUUUGGGGCAUCUUUUCUGAUUCUUAUGGACGUAAACAAGCAUUCAAUUGGACUUUGGCGGUGACCGCUUUUUUUGGUAUAUUUUCAAGCUUUGCCCAGAGUUUUACCCAAUUAUGUUUUUUACUUUUCUUUUUGGGAUUUGGUGUCGGUGGAAAUUUACCUGUAGAUGGUACAAUUUUUUUGGAAUUCGUUCCCAAAAAUCAACAACAUCUUCUCACAUUUAUGUCUAUAUUCUGGCCAUUUGGGGCUGUUAUUACCUCUAUAGCUGCAUAUAUAAUAUUACCUCAAAAUAGUUGUCCUGAAAGUGAUGGUAUUACAUUUUCCUGUGACAUUUCAAAAAACAAUGGAUGGAGAUAUUUGUUGGCUACUAUGGGAGGUUUGACAUUUCUUAUGCUUAUAGGUCGUGUGCUUUUCUUUGGCCUUAAAGAAUCACCAAAAUUUCUUUUGGCAAGUAAUAGACAUCAUGAAGCUGUAAUAGUUUUACGUGAUAUUGCGCAUAUUAAUGGCCGUGAAAUUUCGGUUGAUGCUAGCGAUCUAUCAACCUCUGAUGAAAAUCCUCCCAGAGUAUCCAUAUCAAUGACAUACCCACCUGCUAAAAUACACUCUAACAAACAUUAUAAUUACAAAGACUUCUUUGUUGAUCCUAUGUAUUUUAUAAAACGCCGUGUUUCAUCAAAGCGUCAAGAUAUGGCUCCUCUUUUUACACCUAAAUGGAUUAAGACGACCAUACUUGUAUGGACGAUAUGGUCUAUAGUAUCGAUGGCGUAUGUAAUGUUCAACGUGUUUCUUCCAAAAUAUCUCGAAGCACUAGCAGGAAAUGAAAAUAAGGGAUCUACUGGUUCGGAUGUGUUAGAUCAAGUUUUAAAAGAUAUACUUAUAUAUUCCGCUUGGGGAAUACCAGGUUCCUUAAUUGGAACUUGGUUAAUUGAUACACCACUUGGUAGAAGAUACACGAUGGCUGCUGGUGCUUUCAGCACAUCUCUUUCUGUUUUUUUGUUUUCCGUUCUUCAAUCAAGAAUUGGAACAAUUAUAUGUUGUUCAGCUAUUAGUUUGUUCACUACUAUUAAAUAUGCGGUCAUCUACGGAUAUACUGCUGAAGUAUUUGAAACAAAAGUCAGGGGUACUGCAAAUGGGAUUGCUUCUGCAUGUGCAAGAAUGUGA